UUUUUUCACGCGCGGCCAGCCUCGUUUUGACACAUUUCUCAAAAUGGCGGCUGAACCAACGCGUGAGUACACAGACGAACAGUUGAAUUCUGACGCCGUGAGCAAGAAGGAUAUUAUCAAGUUCCUUCACGAAAAUGCAAGUUUUGAGUUCCUCAAGGAGAACAAGCUCAAUGGCAAACUAAAUAAUGUGGCCAAGACAAGCAAGAAAGAUCAGCUUGCGGCAGCUUACAAUAAGCUGUUUGAGGAAAAAGCCUUCAAGAAAGAGGGUGAAGAAAGUCUAGAAGACCAGCUGAAAGCCAUGAGUGACAAAGCCAAUGCCCUGGCCAUCACAGAAAAGAAAAACAAAAAAAAGACGGUUGAAGUCAAAGAGGAACCAAAGUACAAGAAGAGGAUUCUAAAGGAGGGGGAUAAGGUAUCCUAUCCUGACAAGGGAGACAUGGUCUCUUGUCUGUAUGUCGGCAAACUGGAAGAUGGCACAGUCUUUGACACAAACAGAUCAGAUACUGCCAAAAGAAACAAGAAGGGAGAUAUCAAGCCUUUGAUUUUCCCUGUAGGAAGAGGCAAAGUCAUUAGAGGGUGGGAUGAAGCCCUGUUGACUAUGAGUCAGGGAGAGAAAGCAGAGCUGACAAUUGACUCGGAGUGGGCAUAUGGUCGCAAGGGCUUCCCUGAUGCAAAAAUACCUCCAUUUUCAACACUCAUCUUUGAAGUAGAGCUGGUUAAUGUUGCCAAGUAGGCAAGAAAACAAUCGUCAGAGCUUAAUAGCACCAAGAGAGCAUGAGAAAGCUAUUCAUUCCUACCAAGUGUAAAGCAUAAACUGAACUGAUUGCUACAUAUUUGUGAUGUUACUCAACUUAUCCUUUAAAGGAAUUACAUUGUAGUUGUUAAAAUGAAAUAGACUUUUUAUAGUCAAUCAUUUACUGCAGAAAGCAUAAUUUGAAAUGUUGAUAAAAAUUGAUUUUACUAUUCAAAUUAUGCUUUAAAAAAAUAAAAAAAUAAAAAUGA